UCUCAAAUGAGAUCCAUAACAUUACUAAUUGUAGUAAUAGCAUGCGGAAUCUCAGUGCAGAAAGAAUCGAACAAAACAGAACCUUCUAUAGCAAUCGUCGGCGCGGGCAUGAGCGGCUUGUCUGCAGCUCGACGAUUACUUGAAAUUGGAAUAAGCGAUAUUGAUAUUUACGAAGGAAUGGAUCGCGUUGGCGGACGAAUUCAUCCAGUGCCCUAUCAUGGUGGAUUUCUACAAAUGGGCGCGGAGUACAUAAAUGGAGCGGAAAAUCCAAUCUACAAACUGGCAGAGGAACUGGGAGUAGUUGCUGACAUCGUGUCUGACACAGCACAAUUACAGAAUGCCGAAUAUCUGAUCGGAAGCCAGCAAGAUAUUGAACUCUUCACGAAGUUCAUAGCCCCGUUGGACCCGAAGUAUCGCCAUCUGGCAAAACAGCACGAUUUACUAUCCCGUGUCUAUACAAUGAAGAGUAUAUUCAUGGAGGAUUACAACUUAUUUCUCAAGGAAAACAAUAUCACAGGACUUCGACGAAAUGUUUUCGACGCCCUCACUCGCUCCUACAGGUCGUAUUGGGAGUUCGAAUGGGCAGCUGACUGGGAUGAUCUCAGCCCCCGUGUACUGACGGAAUGGAACGAUAGAGGAACGGAGGGCGAGUCGUUUCACACAAACAAAAUCGGCUACAAAGCAAUACUUGAUCAUUUGAAAGCAUCGAUACCGGACGACGUGUUCCACUUCAAUACUACUAUCCUGCAUAUUAACCACUCGGCGGCUGGAGUCACCUUGACGACAUCCAAAGGAGCAGUCUCGAAGGUUUACGACUAUGUGAUUGUUACCUCUUCGCUGGGACAUCUAAAAAAGUACCAUCGCCAAAUGUUUACACCUCCACUUCCACGACAAAAAAUAGAAGCGAUCGAGAAGAUUGGGUUUGGUGGUUCGUGCAAAAUGUUCUUUCGCUGGGAAGAGCCGUGGUGGUCGAACGAAACACGCCCGAUGAUCCCACUUCCGGUGGAGGGGAUGGCCCGUGACGCCAUUGACCCGUUUGAGAGAGAGUUGACGACUCUUCAAGUGUUGGACUGGGAACCGAACACCUUGACUACCUGGGUAGCCGGAGCUGGCCAACAAGUAAUGGAUAAUAUGAGUGACGAAGAGAUACUCGCCAGAAUUACAAGACUCGUCCGUGACUUGAGGAAUGACCCUUCUAUUCAAGCUCCUAGCGACUAUAAAAUUCCUUUAAGGACGCGCCUGACGAAGAAUGAGCUUUUAUUGGGAUCGUAUUCGUAUAUGAGUCAGGCUCAAGCUAAAGCCCGAAUUUCACAUUCUCGCCUCGCAAUACCCAUCAAACACCACAAACACCCGAAGGUGCUAUUUGCAGGGGAAGCAACCCAUCACAGAUUGUUUCAAACAGCUAUCGGUGCCUACCUCAGUGGACGACGGGAAGCCGAUCGUUUAAACGCCGACUGGGAACAAACUUUUCAAACUAGUACAGAUGGGGUAGCCUUGCCUGCAAAUCUGCCGAUCAUAUUUUGA